AUAACAGUGAGUUCAAAUAAAAAAUAUCACAGCCUGUUCUUAUUUAAUGUUAACAUAUAAGGUUACUAUCAGUGUCAAGUGAGGUCAAAGUCACUUGAAGUCAGAAUAUGGCACAGUUAUGAUAUUAUACUACUUCUUUAUAAUUUUGAUUUUGAUUUAAUUAGUACUCUGGCUAUAAUAAUACUGUAGGUAUGGGUCAGAAGUCCAGAGUCUGAUGAUAAAUUAAUAACCACCAAUUGCAGUCUGGGUACAGAAGUAUCUAUAUAAAGGUGUCCCAUAAAGACCUCCACACUUUCAGAAUCAGCAGUUGAAUCUAUUCUCCAUUUUACAGAUCUCUUCUCCGUAAAAAAAUAACCUAUAAUGCAUAACUUCGGCUUUCAGAGAAGGGGACUAUUUAGGACAGCUUCAGAUCCCUGCCUCUUCAAGCCAAAUUUUAAUUUUUGGAUGGGUGCCGGGAAAGGAGGUUUUAAUUCCAAGGAAUUUUUUGGAUAUGAAUUCAUACAAACAAACCUCGAAGGCUUCAAUGAAAAAAUUGCCAUGCAAACCCUGAACGAUCGCCUCGCCACCUAUUUAGAGGAAGUCAAGAACUUGGGAAAAAGCAACACUCAGCUUGAGGUGCAGAUUCGCCAGUUUGUGAAGGAAAAAAAAGGUCCUGCCACUCGUGACUACAGUCACUAUUAUGUCACUAUUGAAAAACUACGCAAGGAGAUAAUGAAGAUGACCUUAGGUAACACUGGAGUGUUUAUUCAAAUCGAAAAUGCCAAGAUGGCUGCUGAAGACUUCAGAAGCAAGUUUGAACAUGAAUAUCACAUGAGACAGAGUGUUGAAGCUGACAUUCUUUCACUGAAGAAACUGCAGAAAGACAUCAACGUGAAGCUGUUGCAUACGGAAAAUGACAUUAAAAGAUUGAAAGCCGAGCGCAAUGAUUUACGUAAACACCAUCAACUGGAAGUGGAAGAAUUGUAUACUCAUAUCACACAGGAUGAGGUUCAGGUAGAUGUAGAUGCUCCUAAGGUUAAGGAUCUGCAUGAAAUUAUUGAGAAGAUUCGAGCCAAGUAUGAAAAGAUCAUCUUGAAGAACCGGGAGGAAAUCAAAGUCUGGCAUGAAACAAAAAUGAAUAAGAUGCAGGUUCAAGUGUCUACAAACACAGCUGCAUUGAAGGAAGCCAACACACAAGCCAGCGAGAGCCGUAGGAAAAUGAAGUCCUUAGAACUGGAGUUGCAGUCUCUGACUGGAGCUACAGCAUCCUAUGAAGAAGCCCUCAAAGAAACAAAUCUGCGUUUUGCCAUGCAGAUGGAGCAAUACAAUGGCAUCAUUGUCAUGAGAGAAGCUGAACUCAGAGAGCUGCGCAAUGACAUCCAAAGCCAGACCCAGCGGUAUCUGGCUCUGGAGGCUGAGAUAACCACCUACAGGAGACUCCUGGAUGGAAAAGACUUAACUUCUGAAAGCAAAGAACACAGGAAGAGCGAAGAACAGAGAAAGCGCGAAGAACAGAAAAAGCGCGAAAAACAGAGAAAGCACGAAGAACAGAGAAAGCAUGAAGAACAGAGAAAGAGCGAAGAACAGAGGAAGAGCGAAGAAGAGAGGAAUAGCGAAGAAGAGAGGAAUAGCGAAGAAGAGAGGAAGAGCGAAGAACAGAUAAAGAUAAGGGUGAUCACCAUCACAGAGAAAUUGGUGAAUGGAGUCGUAGUGACUUCAACGUCUAAAACAGAGGAAAAAACUCUAAGCACAAAUCAGACCAAUGGUGUUCAUGAAGAAUAACAACAGAAGAUAAAUGAAUUAUAUGCCAACACUGGAAACCAUUCAUAAACCUUAAUGUUUUUGAAAUGACUCAAUUAUAUAAAAUCACUGUUCUUAAUACUCUGUAUCUGUGCCAAUAUGUAAUGGGAAUUAUGU